UUUAUUACACGCAGUGAAGCAACAUUUCUCUUCUACUCUUGGCAAAAAGUUGAUAGAAACAGCUAAACGAAAUGCUGGUCCGAUUCAGAGGCAAAUCUGAAGCUCUAUCAAGAUUUCAUUGUUUCAAAUCUCAAUAUCUCUACUCAACUUCUGCCCGGAACGCUAUUUUCGUGAAAUACCUCAUUGAUUCUCUCGGAUUCUCCAAAGCAGAAGCAUCAUUAGCAUCUUCCAAGGUAACUUUAGGGAAAUCCUUCAAGAAAAAUCCCGAUUUAGUUCUCAAUUUCUUGAAACUAACUGGUUUCGAUAAGACCCAGAUGAAAAAAUUGGUUUCAACAUCACCCAAAUUUCUAUUUUACGAUGUUUCCAAAACCCUAAAACCCAAAAUCCAAUGCUUGAUGGAUAUCGGGUUAUCCGGAUGGGACCUUGUGAAUGUAAUUGUUAAAGAUUCAACGAUUGUUGAAAGGGGUUUACUUACUCAUUUGAAACCUACUCUUAAUUGUCUUAAGAGAAUAUUGGGUAGUGAUGAGAAUGUUGUUAAAGCUAUAAAGAGUACUUCUUGGUUGCUUUCUUUUGGUGGUCGUAAUGUAAUGGAAAAUAAUUUGUUGUUGUUGAAAAAUUACGGUGUUUCUGAUGACAAAAUACGAAAAAUUGUGCUUAGAAAUCCGAGGUAUAUUACACAGAAGCCUGAGUGGGUUAAGGAUUUGUUGCAUAGGGUAGAGAAGGAUUUUGGUAUUCCGCUUCAUUCCUCUAUGUUUCCUUAUGGAUUUCACACAUUAGCCUCACAAAAGAAAGCCAGGUGUGAGAAAAAGAUUGAGAUUUUCAAGAGUUUUGGAUGGUCUGAUGAUGAUAUACUCAGGAUGUUUAGGAAGUUACCUUAUUGUAUUGCUCUUUCGGAGGUUAAAAUUCAGAAAGGAUUGAGUCUUUACAUGAAGGAGCUUGGUUUUGAACCUGCUUACUUAGCUUCUCAUCCUUCAAUUUUGAUCUAUAGUAUGGAAAAAAGGGUCCUACCUCGGAUGAAAGUCUUGAAAAUUUUGGAUGAAAAGAAGCUUGAGAGGAGAAAGAUGGCUCUUUAUACUGCUGUGAGCUUAAAAGAGACAAAGUUCAUAGAGUAUUUCGUGCUGCCUUACAAGGAUCAGGUACCUAAUUUGUAUGAACCACUCCAGAAAACUCUGGCUCCUUAACAGUUUUGGUUUUGCUUUUGGUACUAUAGGUGCUGAGAUCUUUCUAAAUUUUCAGUUGUAGUCCGAAAUUCAUUUCUGUCCUGCGAAAGCAUUAAUAUCAUUGAAGUAUUGUUUUCAUUUUAAA